AUGGGUGCUACCAGGAGGCUCAAGACGAAGCGACGGACUAGAGACUACGAUCAGAUCCGCGCAGAUCUAGCUUCCAGAAAACAUCUACAACAAUACAAGGAUACCAAAGAUGCUGAAGACCUCCCUGGUCUGGGACAGCACUACUGUGUCGAAUGCGCCAAAUGGUUUGAAGACGAGCACAAUCUUGUGGCGCAUCGCAAGGGCAAGAACCACAAACGGAGGUUACGGCUCUUGAAAGAUCCGCACACACACAAAACAGCUGAGGCGGCCGUGGGAUUGGGCGUCGACAAUGGCAAGAGGGAACAGACAAUGAUGGAAAUGGAUGAGGAGGAGGCGGAAUAA